GGGGCUGGUUUAUUCUAAUAACGAAACGUCCAACCCGGAAAAAAAGUCUUCUGUUAUCCGAGUACACAAACAAACAGACAGGAGGGUGAGAGUCAGUCGCACGCGGGCCUCUUGGUGUGGACAGACUGACUCCCAGGACAGCGGUGAUAUGUGAUAUUAGCAGCAUGCCGUACUUUGAUCGGCUCAACCGUGUGUGCGGCUUCCUUGACAUCGAGGAGAAGGAGAACAGCUGCCGCUUCCAGAGGCGAUACUUUAUCCUCGACACGCAGGGAAAUGCUCUGCUCUGGUACAUGGACAACCCUCAGAACCUGCCCAGUGGAGCCAGCUUCGUUGGCAGCCUGAAACUAACCUACAUCUCCAAGGUGAAUGAAGCUACAGCCAAGCAAAAGCCAAAGACAGAGUUCUGCUUUGUCAUUAACGCAGUUUCUCGGCGGUACUUCCUCCAAGCUAACGAUGUGACUGACAUGAGAGAAUGGGUGGCUGCUCUCAACAAGGCCAGCAAGAUCACGGUCCCCAAGUCAUGCCCCGUCCCCCAAAGGUCAGAUGUGACUGCAGUAAUCAGCGACACUCAGGGAGGAAGGAGACAGCAGGCUUACAAGGCGGAGAUCAUCGGUGGAGUGGUGGUGCACACUCCCAUCCAGAAUGAGAGUGAAGACACUGAGGGGCGAGAGAGGAAGAGCAGCAGGCCAGGCAUGCUGAGGUGCGGUUACUGUGUCAAACAGGGAAAUGUGAGGAAGAGCUGGAAGAGGAGGUUUUUCACCCUGGAUGACAAUGCAGUCAGUUACUACAAGUCUGAGACGGAUAAGGAUCCUCUCCGAGCUAUUCCGCUGAGGGACAUUCAGAAGGUCCAUGAAUGUCUUGUCAAGUCAGGGGAACUCCUUCUGAGAGACAACCUGUUUGAGAUCAUCACUAACUCUCGGACCUUCUACAUUCAGACAGACUCUCCAGAGGAGAUGCAUGGCUGGAUCAGGGAUGUUGAGUUGAAGAUCCAGGACUUCAGAGGUCCUCCUAAGGGUUUUCCAUUUAAACGAGCAUCCUCUCUGUAUAGAAGUCACAACUCCUCCUCCUCGUCCCGAGGUCAUCAUAGUGACGAUCGCAGACCUCCUCUGACCAAGUCCUGCUCUGUGAAUCCAGGCUGGCAGCCCUGGAUGCCUGUCCCACCCUGUGAGCCCUCCAUCCUGGACGUAGAGGAUGAAGACAGCCCUUUCAGCUCUGUGCCCACCGUGCCUUCUCUCUCCUCUUCCUCAACCUCUUCCUCCACCUCAUCCUCCUCCAACUCCCUCUCCACCCCGGCUCCUGGCCCUAAUGUUCCUCCCACUGCAUCCACCAGCGGACUAGGGAUCCUCGCAGCAUCAGGAGACGCAGCAUUUGGGAGGCGGAGGCACCGCUCGCAGCCUCAGCCUCACAGCGGCUGCAGCUUCCCCUUCAGCCUGGAUGACGAUGGCAUCCGCACCACCGACGUCUAAAUUAAUGAAGUCUUAUGUGUUGGUACGUCCCUGCUUUAACAUGAAUGUGACUGGUAAUAAUAGUAUAUUAUAAUAGUAUUCCCUGUAAAUGAAGGGACACUGUGACCGCCUGCCCUGAGGCCAUGAUUUGAUUAGGGCCCUCUGCUGGUCAUUUAGCUGCACUGCAGACGAAGGAUGCACCCAGCUGGAAGGGAGAUCGCAGUGUUUGUUGUUCACAAGACUGUGAAGAAGUUUGUUGGUGUUUUUAAAGUGCAACUUCCUCCUAAAACUUGAAUAAUCUUGUUUUUAAUUGUCCCUGCAGACAAAGUAUAGCACAUGCUUUACAUCUAUUGCACCUUACCCAAACCGGAGAUGUUACUCUGUCAUCACUCUCUCUAUCAAAAACAUGUUCUUAAGUCUGAUUUACAAACAAGUGUUUAAAGGCAUUUUAACACAAUAGUAUUCAUCAGUUUCAUAUUCAAGCUUAUGUUCACUCGGCUCUUUUGUAAUUUCUGUUGGCCCCAGCAGCUUUUCCCCCCUUUUCUCUGAGACACACUUCAUAUGAAAAGCCUCACAUCAGCUUACAGUUUACCAGCAUUUUUUAGACUUCCAUGUAUCAGGUGUCUGGGGGAAAGUAUCCAGUUUUCAUUUAAAAAAAAAAAAAAAAAAAAGGUACACACACUCUCUCUUAUACCUGUUGACUGAUGGCUCCUCUGUCGUAGCAGAAAACAUGGAGUCAACAGCAGGUUUCCUGUUUUAGCUUUUAAUAUUUGCCCGAAGAUCAAUUGUCAGUAAACUGUGAGUCCUAUUAGCUCUUAAAGGGUACAAGAAUUGUACAGCAGUGUUUCCAUUUGGUACUUUUUAAUAGUAAGUACGGCAUACAUUAAAGUACAACUGACCAGCUGCUUGACAGCUUUGUAAAUGUGACUUUUUGAAGCGUUAUGUGGGGUAAAUGUGCCACUACUUCUGGUAAUUUAAAUGUAAUUCCACACUUUGCUUUCCACCUUUUUACUUGUGUGUUGUUAUUUUUGACACAGCUCUCAGCAGACAUCACAGCUUCCUCUUAGUUGAUGCCUCAGAUACUUUGUGUUGUUACACUAGUAGUCACUUCAAGACUCCACUGAGGUGGUACCUUGUUCAUUCCUGUUUCUGUUGUCUGGAGCUGUGUGCACUAUUCUGCCCGCAUGCAUUGUUAAUUUUCUUUCUUGUACAUUAAAUGCUGCUUUUUA